AUUCAAAUUUAUGAAGCAAGUUAGCUUUUAUUUCCCUGAUUCUGAUAUCCAACCAGAAAGGAAAAGAAGACCAGUCUCCAGUAACCCUCAUUAUGCAACCAAGAAGCUGAUCGCAAAUGAAGAGUACUUCAGAGCAUUAUCUUUGCAUAAAAAAGCAAAUCCACAAAAACCAAGAGCCCACUCAUUAAUAGAAUCUCUUGAGAACCAAAACAAUGACCCUAAAAUAUUAUUUAAAAUUGAAGACAAGGACAUUUCUCUUCCCAGAAAAACGCUUUAUCUAAUCGACAAAAUCAUCAGACUCCGUUCCAAAAAGGGCACUCUAUCCCUCCAAAGCAUCUCCGAUAUCUUCCAAGAACUCCAGCAUCGGAAGGGUAAGAAGCUGGAUGACUACCAGCUACGUUUAUACAACUACGAAACUCUCCAGCAGUCAGAGUCGAAGAAGCGGAGACCUGAACACUUCCAGAGAGGAAUGAGCUAUGAAGAGUGGAUCCAGCAUAAGAAGUUGGAGGAAGAGAUUACCAGGAUUAUACAAGACGAAGAAAAACGAUUGCUAAGGGUCAAAAUAGAACAAGGGAGACUAGAAGCUUCCAAAAUCCAGCCCUUUGGCGAAGAUGCUCACACUCAAUGGCUCUUAAACAAACAACAAGAAGACGAGCAAGCCAGAAUCCACAGGCGACAGGCCAGAAUGACCAAGAAGCAGGAAGAAGAAGAGAAGAAGGAGGCUGCAGAGCAGGAGUACCAAGCCUGGCUCCAGAAAAUAGUGGAAAAAGACAGACAAGAAAGAUUGAUCCAAGCAGAAAGAAGAGCGAAGAAAUAAACAAGAAGAAGAGGAGAAAAAGUAUGAAAAGAAAGCUAAUAAGGAGCAGAUUAAACUAGCACUUAAGAAAUGGGACGCCUGGCAGGAUAUGGUCAAAGCGCAGGAAGAGAGAAGAAAAACUAAGAAGCAGAAUAAAAUUCAGAUGUUAGAGAAGGCUUUGAGGUAUAAAAGGAAGAAUGAAGAUGAGAUUCUUUGCUAUCAUAAGAAUAAAGAUAAGAAGAAAAGUAGAAGAAUUAAGCCAGACCCAGGACCAAGGAAGACAAUGAUUUAUCAGAACACUGAAUUUUACAAGUAUGAGGUACCUAAUGAUUCAACUUAAAA